GAGAGGUUACCGGAUUUGAAAUCUCCAAUUUGCCGGAAUUUGGGAACUGCGCCACGUCCGGACUAGGGUUUUCUGUUAUUAGAGAGAAAGGACAUCACAGAGUGAAGUGAGAAGCUUCAAUUUUUCCCAAAGCGAAUUCUGGGAACUUCAAUUUCCGCCGUGAAAUUGCGUCAAUUUCCGAUCAGGGUCUUCGAUUUUAGGGUUUUGCAGCGGGAAAAAGCCGGUUCCUUUUUCUUUGGGGGAAUUAGGGUUUUCUAUAUGAAGUUGGGAUCUUUGAAUUUGGGGAGAGGUUCAUGAUGUUUACGCCGCAGCGGUGGUCGGGUUGGUCUCUCACUCCCAAAACCGGGGCUGAGAAGACCGGAAGUGACAUGAAUUCCGGCAAGUCGAAGUUGAACUCCGGCGAGGGGAAAGGGGUGGUGUUGUUUGAGCCCACCACGCCGGCUUCGGGUCUGUUGGAGAAUGGAGACAGGGAUGGGAUAGCUCGGAAGCUUCUGGAGCUCGAAAAUGAGCUUUACCAGUACCAGUACAAUAUGGGGCUGCUCCUGAUUGAGAAAAAGGAGUGGACAUCUAGGAAGGAAGAACUCGGGCAGUCAUUGGCAGAAGUAAAAGAAGCUCUUGAAAGAGAACAAGCAGCCCAUUUGAUUGCGACUUCUGAACUUGAAAAGCGAGAGGAGAAUUUGAGGAAGGCCUUGGGGGUUGAGAAGCAGUGUGUUAUUGAUCUAGAGAAGGCUUUGCAUGAGACUCGUUCGGAGAUUGCAGAAAUUAAGUUCAUUGCUGAUUCUAAGUUGGCUGAAGCAAAUGCUUUGGUUGCUAGCAUAGAAGAAAAAUCGCUGGAGCUGGAGGGAAAGCUGCGUACAGCUGAUGCCAAGCUUUCUGAGGUCAGCCGGAAAAGUUCAGAGUUAGAGAGCAAAACAAAGGACUUGGAGGCUCGAGAAAGUGCACUUCAAAGAGAUAGAUCCUCCUUCAAUUCAGAACAGGAAGCAAGGGAGAAUUCUCUGGCAAAGUGGAGGGAGGACUUACUAGAAUGGGAAAGGAAAUUGCAAGAGGGGGAGGAGAGGCUAGCUAGAGGUCAAAGAAACAUCAACCAAAGAGAGGAGAGAGCAAAUGAGCAUGAUAGGUCCUUGAAGAAUAAAGAGAAGGAUCUGGAAGACGCAGAGAAGAAAAUUGAUGCUACCAACGAAGCACUGAAAAGGAAAGAAGAUGAUAUGACAAGCAGGCUAGCAAGUCUAACAUUAAAAGAGAAGGAAUAUGAUGCUAUGAGAAUGAAGUUACAAGUGAAAGAGAAGGAGUUACUAGCUUGGGAAGAAACACUCAAUGCUAGAGAAAGAGUUGAAAUCCAAAAGGCUGUUGAUGAACAUAAUGCCAUUCUGCAUGCAAAGCAAUGUGAUUUUGAGCUGGAAAUUGAUCAAAAAAGAAAGUCGUUGGAAGAUGAAUUGAGAAACAGGUUGGUUGAUGUGGAGAAGAAAGAAUCUGAAGUCAAUCAUUUGGUGGAGAAAGUCACUAAGCGGGAGCAGGCAUUGGAAAAGAAAGGGGAGAAGCUCAGGGAGAAAGAGAAGGACUAUGAAUCUAAAAUGAAGGCCUUGAAGGAAAAAGAGAAGUCUAUUAAAUCGGAGGAGAAGAACUUUGAAGCUGAGAAGAAACAGUUACUUGCUGAUAAAGAGGACUUGACUAGGCUUUUGGCCGAAAUGGAGCAGGUAAAGGCUGAUAAUGAAGAUAAGCUACGGAAGAUCAGUGAAGAGAGUGAUCGAUUGAAAGUAACUGAAGAAGAGAGGUCACAGUGCCAGCGGUUACAGUCAGAACUGAAACAGGAAAUUGACAAAUACAUGCAGCAGAAAGAAUUGCUUCUAAAGGAAGCUGAAGAUUUGAAGCAGCAAAAAGAGCUUUUUGAGAAAGAGUGGGAAGAGCUGGAUGACAAAAGAGCAGAAAUUGAGAAAGAGCUGAAGAAUGUGAGAGAACAGAAAGAAGAAGUAGAAAAGCUUAAUCGAAUUGAAGCAGAGAGCUUGAAAAAUGAAAGGGCUGCCGCUCAGGAUUGUAUAAAAAGGGAGCGAGAAGAUCUUGCCUUGGCCCAGGAAUCAUUUGCUGCCCACAUGGAGCAUGAAAAGGCAGUUUUAGCUGAAAAAGUUCAGAGUGAGAAAAGUGAAAUGGUUCAUGAAUUCGAAGCUCUGAAAAGAGAACUUGAAAGUGAUAUGCAGAAGCGGCUGGAGGAGUUGGAGAAACCCUUGCGUGAAAGGGAGAACUCUUUUGCAGAAGAAAGAGAGAGAGAAUUGGACAAUGUUAAUUACUUGAGAGAUGUUGCUAGAAGAGAAAUGGAGGACAUCAAGGCAGAGAGAAUUAAAAUUGUAAAAGAGAGGCAAGAAUCUGAUGAAAAUAAGGAGCAUCUUGAAAGGCAGCGAGUUGAAAUUAGAAAAGACAUUGAUGGACUUCUCGAUCUUAGUGGGAAACUGAGAAAUCAGCGAGAACAAUUUAUCAAGGAAAGAGAACACUUUAUUUCGUAUGUUGAUAAGCUCAAGGGUUGCACGAAUUGUGGUGACACGGUCUCUGAGUUUGUACUUGCUAAUUUACGACCUUUAGCUGAAACUGAAGAGGCAGAGAUUCUUCCGCUUCCAAGACUGAGUGAUGAUUAUGUGAAGGUGGGUUACAAAGAUAGCCUGGCUGCGGUCGAGAGGGACAGUACUGAGAAGUCUCCUGCUGUUGAUUCAAAAUCUCCAGUUUCUGGUGGGAUGUCUUGGCUUCGCAAGUGCACCUCAAAGAUUCUUAUUUUCUCUCCGGGGAAAAAGACAGAGUCUGGUGCUGUACACAACGAAACCCCAUUUGCACUCGAGCAGAAUAGAGGUCCAUCCAAUAGGUUACAUACUGAAAAUGAGGUAGAGGUUUCUUUUGGAGCGGGAAGUGGUUCUUUAGAUGUCCAGAGGAUCCAAUCUGACAGCAGCAUCAGAGAGGUUGAUGUCGGCCAAAAGCCACGUAGGAGAGGUAGGGCGAAAGUUCACAGAUCGCGCUCUGUAAAAGCAGUUGUCGAAGAUGCCAAGGCUAUACUUGGAGAGGCUUUUGAAACAAACGAUGGUCAUCAGAAUGGGACUGCUGAGGACUCUGCCAAUAUGCAUACUGAAAGCCACGACGAUUCUAUUCUUGCUGGUAAAAGACCAGCAAGAAAUGGGCGGAAACGUGGCCGUGCUCAGACAUCUCAAGUUACUGUGAGCGAGCAUGGUGGGAAUGAUAGUGAGGAACGGUCUGAAAGUGUCAUGACCGGCCAGCGUAAGAAGAGGCGAGGAAAAGUACCUCCCGCUGAGCAACCUCCAAAUGAAAGUCGGUACAAUCUCCGGAGAUCUAAAGCUGGUGGUAAAGUUGCUGCCGCAAAAGUCUCACACGAGGUUGGUGAUGCCAGAAAUACGGAGGCGGAGAUUCUAUACUCCAAAGCUGCUCCUGCUACUUCAACAGGAUUUGCUGGUGAGAAUGGUGGAAGCACACACUUUGUGCGGUGCGGGACUCUUGCAAACACUGAAGAUGGUGGUGUAGAUGGAGUCGAAAUUUCGGUUGAAAAUAUGGCAGUGAGUGAAGCAAAUGGUUCCACAGAAGGGGGCCAGGAGUAUGUUGAUGGAGAGGAGUAUAGGAGUGAAUCCCGUGGGGAGGAUGCAAAUUUCACUGAAGAUGAAGAUGAAGAUGAGGACGAUGACAAUGAGUCUGUACAGCCCGGUGAGGCCUCCGUAGGGAAGAAGUUUUGGACCUUUCUCACAACAUAAGAAGAAAUCGAGAACCUGUAUGGCAUUUUGGAUUUGAAAUUUGGAUGGAAGAUUUGUGCAUCAGCAAUUUCGUUGUAGUUUUAUCUCAUUUUGUUCUGGAAUUUUAGUGGUGUUAGAACCAUUUGUGUAUCUUAAGGCGGAGGGAUAGGGUUUUUGUCUACCCUCUAUCUUUUAAUUUUAGGAUGUAAAAGGGAUUUGGGGCUGCUUCUCUUUCUACGGUAGGUAGCAGACUAGCAGUAGCCAGUGUUAGCGCUGGAGUCGGCUCCGCCCUUCCACAUUGUUUGUAUCAUAUUUUGCAUGUUUGUUUAGUUAUUGUUUGUAUCAUAUUUUGCAUGUUUGUUUAGUUAUGGAAUGAUUGUUGAACUUCGAUGGUUUCUACAUCUUGUAUUU